UAAUAAUUGAGCAAAAAAAACUGAUUUUAAAACAUGAAGAUCUUUUGCCUUUAUAUCUGUAUAUAUUUAAUGGCUAGUCAAGAUCAUUCAAGUAAAUUUUUAAACUCAAUGUUACAUUCAGAAUUGAUUCAUUUUGGUAUUAAUUGAAGGCGUGACGAAAAUUUGCGGUGUUUCCAGCCUUGAAUGUAAAUUUAUGUUCUAGCUAAUUAAUUAAGCAACUACUUUAGACUCAGAACCAGGCUGAUUUUGCCGUCAAUUCUGUUACGGCUGAUUAAUCCAGUUACUGCAUCAGCUUACUUUCGUCUUUUAAAGAAAAACUUUUUGAAUAAUCUCGUUCUGAUUUAAACUUAAGAGCAACUCUAAAUACAGACUUUAUUCAACAAUCCGUUUUGUUUUUAUAAAACGAGAGUUCUGGCAUGUCUGACAUAAAAGAAGGAAAACCAUUAAGUGAAAAAGUAAUUGGGAGCAACCGGCUGAUUAUAGUUUUGGUCACGCUGGCUGAAGUUUGCGGUAUCAUCAGUUUGGCCCUACUCGUGCACUGGUUAGACAAAUACUACGAGGGAUAUUCAUUUCACAAAGAUGACUCAGCUCUCUUCUCAUAUCAUCUUAUUUUCAUGCAAACUGGGAUGAUCUUUCUCUUCGGAAACUCAAUUGUCGUGUUCAGAUUCUCCAGUGCGCUUCCUAUUCCUCGACUGAUGCUCAAAAUAUUGCACGGAGUAGCCCAUGCUCUAGUCAUCUUCUUUAUCUGCCUGGGCAUCUACAGUGCGGUGCGGAUGAAGAAUGUGUUCGGACAUAAUGACAUGUACAGCUCACACUCCUGGUACGGAGUCCUCACCAUCGCCUUAUUCUUCAUCGAGUUCGCAUUCGGACUGGUGACUUUUGCGACGCCAGCGUUUUCUGACAGUAUGAAGCAGAAGCUGCUGCCUCUGCACCAUUACAUAGGAGCAUUGACCUUUAUCAUGGCCUUUGUUACUGUCAUGACCGGUAUCCCACGUAUGAACGAAUUUGUGGCAAGGACCACUGGAAAAAGCUACGCCGAAUACCCUGCGUGGAGUAUCGUCUCAAACUUCUACGCCCUUUUCACUGGCGUGUUUGUGCUGCUGAUCAUGAUUGUUAUAACAAAUUCGGCGUUCAAACGACAAUCGAAUAAUGCUUCAUCUGCAAAAGAUGAAAAAGCUGCAACUCAAUUUUAAUUUGAUACUACUCAACUC